AUGAUGGGUCCAUUAAAGAAUGUAGAUGAUAAACAACUAAAUGUCAGGAUAGCUAGAACUCCAGUAAAAACCAAUCCAACAGCAUCACAUAAUCAUUAUGAAGAAGGGAAAGAAAACUAUGUGGUAAAUCAACACCAUAAACGUAUAGAUCAGCAAGGUCAACAACAUAAAAGGAAAAAAGAGAAACUCUCUUCCCUUUGUAAGACACCACCAUCUUUAAUCAAAACUCGUGGAAGAGAUUAUCAUAGAGGCCAAUUCCUUGGAGAAGGUGGUUUUGCACGUUGUUUUCAAAUAAAAGACGAUAGCGGUAAAAUAUUUGCAGCUAAAACUGUUGCUAAAAUUUCUAUCAAAUCGGAAAAGACAAGAAAGAAACUACUAUCUGAGAUCCAGAUACAUAAAAGCAUGAGCCAUACCAAUAUAGUGCAAUUUAUCGAUUGUUUUGAAGAUAAUGUCAAUGUAUAUAUUUUACUUGAGAUUUGUCCAAAUGGUUCAUUGAUGGAACUUAUUAAAAAGAGGAAGACUAUCACCGAGCCUGAGGUUAGAUUUUUCAUGACACAGAUAUGUGGAGGUAUCCAAUAUAUGCAUUCAAACAGAGUUAUACACAGAGACUUAAAACUAGGAAAUAUCUUUUUCGAUGAGCAUUAUAACUUGAAAAUAGGAGAUUUCGGUUUGGCUGCUGUACUGGCAAAUGAUCGCGAGAGAAAGUUUACCAUAUGUGGUACACCAAAUUAUAUUGCACCAGAAGUUCUUAUGGGAAAGCAUUCGGGGCAUAGUUAUGAAGUUGAUAUAUGGUCUAUCGGCGUCAUGCUAUACGCGCUACUAAUUGGUAAACCACCAUUCCAAGCCAAAGAUGUAAACACAAUAUAUGAAAGAAUUAAACAAAGGAAUUUUGCUUAUCCAAAGGAUAAAAAAAUAUCACAAGAUGCCAAAUACCUGAUAGAUGACAUUUUAUCAUUGAACCCAAUGGAAAGACCAUCUAUACAAGAGAUCAUGGACUAUGUUUGGUUUAGAGGUACCUUCCCACCUUAUACAUUAAAUAGUGUGAUGACCACAGUACCUGACUAUAGUCAUAUUACUCCACAAGAGUCAUUCAUGAAUUUUCAAAAUUGCUUAGAGGCCUCUGGUCUCUUAAGUGUUCACCAAAACCAUAUGGUGGCAAAUAUUUCUGAAAGAACAGUGCCAACAAAUAAGCUUCAUAUUGCACCUGCACAUAAGUACAGUAGUAACCCUUACAUGACGGAAUACAAUAAUGCUGGUAAUUCGAUAGGAAAUAAUGGGUAUCCAGACACGGUACAAACAUCUGCAUCUAAGAGAUUUCAUAUGGAGAAAUUCCAGCAACAGGAGCAAUUCCAACCAAUCUUACCUCACUCUUUAUCCCCUGGAGGGACUAAAAAUAAAUACAAAGAAGUUAUUGAUCUUGAAGCGCAAAGGAAAUUGAAUGACCUUGCUAGAGAAGCUAGAAUUCGUAAGGCUAGGCAAUCAAUGGCAAGGAAAGAAUUAAUCCCUACAUCAACAAAUCUAAUCAAAUCGGACAUAUCAUUGCGUAUUUUGGCUAGUGAAUGUCAAUUGACAUUGAAUGGUAUCUUAGAGGCUGAAGCUCAAAAGAGAAUGGGCGGACUACCAAAAUCGAGACUACCAUCGAUAAAAAACCCAAUGGUUGUUACUAAAUGGGUAGACUAUUCUAAUAAGCAUGGCUUCUCAUAUCAGCUUUCCACUGAAGACAUUGGUGUACUGUUUAAUAAUGGAUCCACUGUUUUAAGACUUGCUGAUGCAGAUGAAUUCUGGUAUAUAACUUAUGAUGAAAGGGAAGGAUGGGUUGCAAGCCAUUAUCUACUAGAUGAGAAACCAAAAGAACUAAGUAGACAUUUGGAAGUUGUUGAUUUCUUUGCCAAAUACAUGAGAGCAAAUUUAAGUCGAGUUUCAAAUUUUGUUAGGGAAGAAUAUCACAAAGACGAUGUGUUCUUAAGGAGAUAUACUAGAUAUAAAGAAUUUGUUAUGUUUGAACUAAGUGAUGGAACAUUUCAAUUUAACUUUAAGGACCACCAUAAACUGGCUAUAUCAGAUGGUGGAAAAUUAGUCACAUAUAUUUCUCCAGAUCAUGAAAGUGAGACAUACCCUCUAGUAGAACUAUUAAGAAUUGGGGAGAUUCCAGGUCAUACAGAUUGCAAUUUUGAAAGCAAAUUAAUGCUUGUUAAAGAGGGACUGAAACAAAAAGCAUCAAUUAUUACUGUUGAUCAUUAA